GAGGAAGAGCGCCGAGCCAAAGAGCAAGCGGAGCGCGAAGCCCGUGAGCGCGAGGAGAAAGAGAGAGAGGAGGCUGCUGAAAAGGAGAAGGCAGCCAGGAAAGAGAGACAACUCGCCAAAGAAAAAGCCCGGGCCGAGCGCCUUGCAAAGGAGCGCGCGGAAAGAGAAGUUGAGGCAGCCAAGGCCCGAGCGGAGCGCAAGAGGCGUGCCGAAGCGAGGAAGAAGGCAGUCGAGGAUGCAAAGAACGGUUUGGUUCCGUGCGUGGAGCACGAAGAUGAGGAGGACGUGGAGGCUGUGGCUCCGUCCCUGGACCUAGUGGAGGAUAUCGAUAUCGUGGAGGAGAGCACCGCCCCAGCGCGAAAGCGGCGGAAGGCUUUGCAGCCGUCGCCUGUGUCCUCCGCUGGGAGUUCGCCACCGGAGCUUCCCCCGUCGCCUGAGGGUUCGCCUUCCCCAACUGGGCCGCCUGAUGGCGCUAAAGCCAUGCAG